AUGUCGAUUCCACAGGAACUGCAAGCAUUUAUGGCCUAUGGUUUCGGAAAGGAGUUGCCACCAUCAGAAGUAGAAAAAGGCCAUAAAUUCUGCAAUGACCUCACUUCCGAACAGCAUGAUAAACUGUACGAAGCUUUUAAGGGUACUUGUGAGAAAUACCUCGAUACCGAGAGCUACAAAAGCGGUAAGACGAACACCGCUGGGUACAUUAUUUGUUGUGAUUCGUUCGGAAUGUGCGGCAUGUCGGGCUGGAUGAUCUUCCUGAUCAUUCUGAUCGUUCUUCUGUGUCUUGCCGGUGCAGCUGCUGCCUUCUGGUUCUUCUACUACAAAAGAAAGAUGGGCGGUCGUGAUGAAGAGAAGGAGAUCGAGUCGACUGUCGACACUGCCAAUACUGGACAUGAUAUCUCGGUGGAGACUUAUUGA